CUCUCCUCUCCUCUCCCAGCAGCUGUGUUGUCAUCCUCCGUGUUUUUCUCUGAGUCACCGUGUCGGCCGAACCGGACCGGAGCUCUUCAGCCCAUUCGCUGCGUCUGCCUGCUUCCUGUGGGUUCGGUCCUCCAUGACCCAGGUGGUUCCGAGGCGUAUAGACAUGACAGCUUUGGUUCCUCCUCCUGCACCACUGCACAACAGGAGGCACAUAUCUCCUGCUCAGUCACCAUCCAGUCCUACAGGCUCCCGGCUGAAUCUAUCUAAAGAGCGACUAGAAGACAAAGAGAAAACACAGGAGCUGUCGCUGGUGCUGCAGGAUAAGGAGCGGCGCGCGCAGCAGCAGCUGGAGCGCUGCGCCGAGGAGCGAGGGAGGAAGAUGGAGCAGCAGAGGAGGAAGGAGCAGCAGCGCCGGGCAGCGGCCGAGGAGAAGAGACGGCAGAAGCAAGACGCAGAAAAGGAGAGGCUGGAGGCCCUGGUGCGGCGGCGAGCCGGCGGCGCCGACAGACGAGGAGGAGGAGGAGGAGGAGGAGGAGGGGAGGCCCGGGAGCACCUGGACAACAGGCCCAAACGGUGGACCUGGGGAGGACCGCCUGACGGAGCGGAAGGUAACCCUAAGACCCCGCCCUGCCAUGCCAUUGGCUCCGCUCUGCCCAAUGAGCUUCCUGCCGCUUCCAGCGCCAGCCAAUCCCGCAACGCAGUCGACUUCCUGUCUCCACCAGCCAUGGAUCAGCCGAACAACAAACAGCUCUCCAACUCUGCGGCAGCCCUCAACUCCCCAGAGCGAGUGUCUUCUGUGUCCCGUCGAACAGCUUCCCCCAACAACAACAGAUCCUUCAGGAGUCCCUCCAACCGCAGAAGCAUCGCUGGAUUCCCCGACGACACGUCCAAAGCCAGAACCCCUACGGGGGAGACACCGAGCACCCCGGUCCGUAGUUCUUCCUUCAAGGCCAACAGCAAGAGCCACGCUGCGCCGAAGCGGGUGAGGUCCAACAGGAGCCGGGCCCAGUCUCCCUGCUCCCCCGGACAGUACCCCCCCUCCCCGCUCCGGCAGAGAGCCACCACCCCCGGCUGCGAGGACAGCAAAGGUCACCUCACGCUGGAGAGAAAAUCUGCUAAAUCUGACGCCGCAGACAGCAAGAAGAUCAGCAAGUCCAGCAGCAGAGAGCUGAACGCAGAGUCACCGAGCACCCCCACUGGCAGGAGCGUCGGCGGCACGACGGACGCUGAGGAGGCGUCCCGGCUGCUGGCGGAGCGGCGCCGUCUGGCCCGGAUACAGAAGGAGCAGGAGGAGAGGCAGCGACAGGAGGAGGAGAGACUGAAGGCCGAGGAGGAGCAGAGGAGGCAGCAGGAGGCGAAGGAACGUCAGGAGAGAGCGGCGCAGCAGGCCGAGGAGGAGAGAGUGAGGAAGGAGGAGGAGAGGAGGACCAGAGAGGAGGAGGACAGACGACAGAAGGAGCAGAGAUGGAAGAACAUGCAGGACCAGCUGGACAGAGAGAGGGAGGAGGCCUUCCUGCGAGCUCAGCGGGAGGCUGAGAGGAAGAGGCAGGAGAGGGAGCUGCUGCACAUCCAGGAGGAGCAGGAGAGGCAGCAGAGGAAGAAGAGAAUUGAGGAGAUAAUGAAGAGGACGAGGAAGAGCGAAGUGGAGCCUCCAUCUGCUGCCUCAGCCUCUGAGGUGAAAGCUGAAGCUCUUGGUGCCUCAGAGGAGGAUGCUCCAACUCCGGCUGAAGCCCCCACCAUAAUGCUGGGUCCCCUGGAGAAUAAGAGCUUUGUGGACGAGCUUUCUGAUGGAGUCCAGUCCAUGGACGUCAGCCCGGUGUCCAGGGACGAGCAGGCCAGCGCCCAUGAGUUCUCCCCGGUGGCUGAGGGACCCGACGGUUAUCCCCCCGACCACCUGAUGGACCUGGACGGUCCAGGCCGGGGGCAGCGUCUGGGCGCCGACACGCCCCCGUACCCCAAGCUGCAGGCCGGCAGCGGCGUGGGAGACCUCAACAAGAACCUGCUGAUCCAGGCCUACAGCGCCGCCUCCGAGUCCUCGCAGCUCAUCCACAGCGUCGGCCCGAGCAAGCUAGACAUCUAACCGCCAGGGUUUUUUUCAGGAGCUAAAACAGGAGCUAAGAGAAACACCAUCACCUCCCUCUGCAACAACAUUCAUCUUUUCCACAAGAAACAAAGUUUAGCAUCUGAUCUUUGAUCUGUUACCGGAGCACUCCCACAUCUGGCCUCCAGGGGGCAGCGCAGAUGGAGAAGGCCACCUCUCAGAAACGCGUUCUGACUGAAUUAUGUCAAACAUGUGAGAUCAUGUCGCAGAAAGCAAGAAAAAAAAUAACCACUUCUGCCUGCUCGUUCAUUUAAAUUAACCUAGAACCAACAACGUAUCUAUGACAUGAGACUUAAAGGUUGGGAUGUUUGAAUUGUAAAUGUUUAUGCAUAAAUCAGUCCAUCUCCAGCUGCAGAGUUCCUGAUGAAGCCCGGUUUGGCCGCCUGCAUCGCCACAAACGUCAGCUUCUUAAAGCGUUGUAAAUAGAUGAGACUGCAGGACGAUCCUUGGAAUGCGGCCGCUGCGACGGACGCCGGCCUGUAGAUCCUGUGUAGCAUCUUCAAGCAGGACUAGAUAGCUGUGUAGUUCAACGGUGUGUCUGACGGUGUUUGUCCUGAACCUGCUGACAGACACUCCCACAUGAGUCCGUGUCCCCCCCCCCUCCCGCCCCGCCGUGGAGAAACUCCGUAAAUGAUCAUGUAAACACAAACCUGUAGCUGUGGUUUCGCUUCUCGUUCCAUUGAUGGACGUCUGUGGACCUGCUGUGAUCCACGGCGGGGCACAGCGUGGCAGGAACAGCUAAACGUGUCGUGUUUUUAGCCGCAGGAUGAGGAUGUAAAGUGUAAUUGUCUGGCACUGACUGUAACCACGCAAGCUGCAGUUUAUAGCGCACCUACGCUAGUUAUGUUUCACAUCUGCACCUCUGCUCCUGGACCGCACCGCUCGUCACCUCCGGGGCCUUAGAACCUCCCUGCAUCCACCAUGAUCACCAGACUCUGCUCACAGAUCUGUCUUCACCACAAGGAACCGCAGGAGACACGAUCCGCUAAGAACUCACACCCAGGACCAUGUUGUUUGCUUUUCAGCUGCAAUAACCCAGAUCAUUACAGGCUCCCAGAUCUGCUGUGAUGAUGAUGAAGAUUUGUCCAACCUCUGAAAAAAAAAAUCAACUAAUUAACACUUAAUUAUUUACCAGCAACACAGACUUUAACAAGGUGGAUAAAUUGUGGCAUUUCCUUCAGGAAAAAGUAAAAUUGAUUAUUUAUUCCUAAGGAUUUGAACAGUUUGUACAUUUGUUGAGAGAAAAAAGCCUUCACUUGUGAACUUCAGUGCAUUUCUUCACACUUCUCUCCCCCUUCGGCUCCUCUUUCUCCAUAUUUGCACAACGUUCCCUGGAUUCUGCUGAAACCAGAGGGUCUCCUGGACCUCCAUGUAUAAACAUAAAGGAGUUAGCAUUUAUCCUAAUAAUUAAACUCUGUGACACUGCAGCUUGGUGGAAUAUAUCAUUGUAGAUGUGGUGCAUGGAUACUUGCUGAAACAGAAUAAACUUCAUCAAACCA